ACCCGAAAACAUUUCAAAUCACGUCGACGAUAAUCGGCCUUAGCAUAUUCUUCUCAAAACCUAUAUACGAUAUCUUCUUUUUAGAUAAAAUCGAGCCGGACUGUAACGAACUGCCGACUACGUUCGCAAAGCGUCGAGAGCAUGGAAGCAGUGAAGAAAGCUAAAGAGCGAUUCGCUAAGUACCCUCUCAUUUACGCUAAAUGUUCGAAGCAAGCUUCAGUAUACGCUAGGUGUGUUCUGCUCAGAGAGGAUACAGUGAAAAAAGACGAUUGCGCAAAAGAAUUCCAAGAAUUCAACGCGUGCUUGCAAUCCGCGAGUAAAGAAUUAAAAACUAAAAUAUAA